UAUAAAUUAAUGGCGAUGGAUUUUGCUUUUACGAUCGAUUUGUGGGAAGAGAGGAUAACAGAUUUCAUUAUCAUUCUCUUCCCAAUUUCUCUUUUCAGUUUUCUUCCAUUGCGCUUUUGUUCUAACUCUGACUGAUCUCCAUUGAAGCAAAAGAAAGAUUCUAAAAUGAAGAAGGUGUCUUGGAUGAAAAGCUCCCUCCUUUGCUUAUUGAUUCUGCAACUUUUCCUGUUGGGUGAUUGUUCUUUAAAAACAGAGGAGACAAGACAGAAUCCUCGAAAAAUCCUUGGCCAAGUACCUGCAUCAUCUCCUCGACUGCAGUUACGGAAUCAAGAUAAAUAUGUUGUGAUGGACAACGGCCUCCUCCAAGUGACCUUAUCAAAGCCGGGAGGGUUCAUGACUAAUAUCACUUACAAAGGAAGUGCUAAUUUAUUGGAGCAUCGUAACGCAGAAGACAGUAGAGCCUAUUGGGAUAUUGUGUGGAGACCGCCUACAGCUAGAAAUGGAUCCGGAGAAGGAACAUUUGAAAAGAUUGGUGCUCAUGAUUUCAAGGUCAUAGUGGAAAAGCCAGAACAAAUUGAGCUUUCAUUCACGAUAACAUGGAAUUCCGCUAUUGGAAACAAAGUUGUUCCCUUAAAUAUGGACAUAAGGUAUGUAAUGCUACCAGGUCGCUCUGGUUUCUACUCAUACGCCAUUUUUGAGCAUUUGCAAGGAUGGCCCGGUUUCACCUUGGAAGAAACCAGAAUUGCUUUCAAGCUCAGCCAAGACUUGUUUCACUACAUGGCCGUAUCGGACCAAAGGCAAAGGAUCAUGCCCACAUUAGCAGACCGAACGAAUGGUCAACCCUUGGCCUACCCAGAAGCAGUUAAAUUGACAAAUCCAAGCAAUCCUGAAUUCAAGGGAGAGGGUGAGGAUAUGAAGUUAAGAACUAAUUUCAGUUUGAACUGUGAGAAUCUUCAGAGAGAGAGGUGUCUGGAAAACUUGAAACUUUCUGUUGGUUUUUGCCUAAUUUUGGAUUUAAAGCUUAUUAUAAACAUGGAGAAGGUGUCUUGGAUGGAAAGGUCCCUCAUUUGCUUAGGAUUGCUUCUGCAACUGUUCCUGUUGGGUGAUUGUUCUUUGAAAACAAAUUGGACAAGAAACAUUCCUCAAAGAAUCAAUGGCCAAGUACCUGCGUCGUCUCCUCAGCUGCAGUUACGGAUUGAAGAACAAUAUGUUGUGAUGGACAAUGGCCUCCUCCAAGUGAACUUAUCAAAGCCUGGAGGAUUCAUUACUGCUAUAAGUUACAAUGGAACCGAUAAUUUAUUGGAGCAUCGCAACAGCGAAGAAGGUAGAGGCUAUUGGGAUCUUGUGUGGAGAACGCCUACUACUGGAAAUAGAUCCAAAAGAGGAACGUAUGAAAACAUCCGUGGGCAAAAUUUCAAGGUCAUAUUGGAAAAGGAAGAACAAAUUGAGCUUUCAUUCACAAUGACAUGGGAUUCCUCUACUGGAGACAAAGGUGUUCCCUUAAAUAUAGACAAAAGGUUUGUAAUGCUACCAGGUUGCUCUGGUUUUUACUCAUACGCCAUUUAUGAGCAUUUGGAAGGAUGGCCCGGUUUCACCAUGGAAAGAACCAGAAUUGCUUUCAAGCUCAGCCAAGACUUGUUUCACUACAUGGCCAUAUCGGAUCAGAGGCAAAGGAUCAUGCCCACAUCAGAAGACCGGGAGAAUGGUCAACCCUUGGCCUACCCAGAAGCAGUUAAAUUGACAAAUCCAAGCAAUCCUGAACUCAAGGGAGAGGUUGAUGACAAGUACCAGUACUCCUGUGACAGUGAAGACAGGAAGGUCCAUGGUUGGAUCAGCUUCAAACCUCCCAUUGGAUUCUGGGUGAUCAAUCCCAGCGGUGAAUCCGGUAUAGCUGGGCCUGUCAAGCAGGACCUCACCUCCCAUGUGGGCCCCACAAGCCUUGCGAUAUUUGCUAGUAAUCACUACUCUGGUGAGGAUCUAUCAGUGAAGUUCAGUAAUGGAGAGCAAUGGAAAAAGGUUCUUGGCCCUGUUUACAUAUAUCUUAACUCGGCCUCUGAUGGAGAACAUGCCACUAAACUUUGGGAUGAUGCAAAGCUACAGAUGUUGAAAGAAGUACAAAACUGGCCAUACAGUUUCCCAGCUUCAGAUGACUUCCCUUCUUUGGAUAAGCGUGGGAAUGUUAGUGGUCAAUUAUUUAUCCAAGACAGGUUCCUUCAAAAACAGAAUAUACCUGCAGAUUCUGCCUACUUGGGUUUGGCUGCACCAGGAAAUGUUGGAUCUUGGCAAAAAGAAAACAAGGGUUACCAGUUCUGGACUACAGCUAAUACCGAUGGAUCUUUCUCCAUAAAUGGUGUUAGACCUGGAAAUUAUAAUCUUUAUGGAUGGAUUCCUGGUUUUAUUGGAGAUUACAAAUAUGAAGCUAAUAUUACCAUCACCCCAGGAUCCAAAUUAAAUCUGGGUAAUCUUACAUAUGAACCACCAAGGCAAGGUCCUCUCUUGUGGGAGAUUGGAGUUCCUGAUCGUACCGCGGCGGAAUUUUUCGUGCCUAGUCCUGAUCCAAACUAUAUAAAUAAACUUUAUCUCAGCAAUCCAAAAGGCAAUGGUACAGAUUCAGCACCUGUGGAUACAUUUAGACAAUAUGGGCUGUGGGAGAGAUAUGCAGAAUUGUAUCCUGAGGAAGACCUUGUGUACACCAUUGGUACUAGUGACUACAGCAAAGACUGGUUCUUUGCUCAUGUUGAUAGAAGGAUUGAUAACAACACAUACAACGCAACCACAUGGCGGAUUAUCUUCAAACUUGACAUAGUGGCCAGUAACCCAAAUGGAACUUAUAUCCUGAGAGUGGCACUCGCUUCUGCUGCAAAUGCUGAGCUGCAGGUCCGGUUCAACAAUCUGACAGUGGAUCCUCCUCACUUCACAACUGGGGUAAUAGGGAAGGAUAAUGCAAUCGCAAGACAUGGAAUCCAUGGACUAUAUUGGCUUUUCAACAUUGAGAUAAGGAGUGAUUGGCUUAUUCUUGGAGAAAAUAUCAUAUAUUUGACCCAAACAAAACAUACAAGCCCGUUCCAAGGAAUCAUGUAUGAUUAUAUUCGUUUGGAAGGGCCCUCUACUUCCAGUUGAAAUGAUGUUAAUAAGGCUGAUUUUAUUUAUUUAUUUGUAAUUUUUUUUUCUUUUUAUUCCCUUUUAUUGGGGGGAAGGGAUUCCCAAAAUCAAUACAAACAUUCACUGGAGGCCGACGGGCAACAAAUGGGUUAUAAGAGGAACCAGUUAGUUUAGUGGGGAUGGCUGAGUCCUAAACCCUAUUGUCUAGUAUAGUUACAAGGCCAAUAUUUAACAAUGUUAUAGGUCUAUUUAUUUUAUAAUCUAAUUGAUAAAGUUUCUUUCA